AUGCCCACAUUGGAAACCAUCGAGGCCUUUGAAACCCGCAGAGCGGCUCUCAAGCUAGUAUCGCCAUCCGACGACCCCCCGGACAUCAUGUCGCUAUAUGGCAAGGAGGACAUCUUCGAGUACCGCCUUGUUCCCCUUACAGCAGAUAUCACAAACAUCUUUCGUUUCAACCGAGACGGUACUUCCGUGCUGCCUGCCAUUCCCAAUGGGGAUAAUAGCAGCUCUAAUUCCAAUCCCGUACCACCCACUGACACUCCAGAUGCUGAUGGUGCUAUCUCGGAUUUCAACACCAUACCAAUCACCACUGCUAAUACCGAUCGUUUACUAUCCGCGUCUGAACUAUCCUCCACUCCUGGUGCUAAUAACAGUAUCUCCAUUGAUGACCCCUUACUGCCCACCAUCCCCGAGGCAGAUGAUACUGCAUCUGAUUCCAACUUCGUUGCGCCGGCUUCCGGGUCUCGUUUAUUUGCCCAAGACGAUAAAUCAGUGUUCAACGGGGAUGAUCCACUCGAUGAUGCUCUAACUGAGCUGGACCUUCCCGCGGCAAAGGCAAAUUGGGAAUGUUAUUGUUUUCCAUUCGAUACUCUCCCGGUCCUUCGCUCCCAUGCCCUACCACAUUUUAUUCUCCUAAACGCAGGAGAGAAAUUGGUAGGUAUUAAACUGCAGAGAUUGGCACCUUUAGUCGCUCGUGUCUUCAAGGUUAACAGAAUUGUAGCGAUGGAGUCGCUGGCCACCAUGUACAACGUCUACAAUUCAUGGAUACAAGCGGUUGUUCCAUCGAGCUUCUACUCGAAGCCACCGCUGUCCAAAGAUCAGAUCAUCAAAUCCGAAAACAAUCAAGAACAGACCGAAGCAAGCACCACGAUGUCCGGGAUACUAAGAGAAGGCGCCGUGAACCCUGAGGCGGAGCAGAGUGAUGCUCAGGUAGACUCCGUGAGGAGUAUACACCCUUCCACUCGCCAACAGACGAAAGAAGCCUGA